CGCAUGCGCGCCCGGGCAUGUCGGUCCCUAUGAAAAAGCAUCAAAACACUUGGGUCAGACUCCUCAACCUUUCAUGGCUGUCACCCCCGGGCACCGCCCGGUUCCACCGCCCUCAAGAAACUGCACUGGCAUUUAGAUCCAAGCAAAUCAACGUCACGCGUGGGAUGGGCUUGGAGCAUCAAAAAUGGCGGCCGCAUCUAGCGGUUGAUAAGAAUUUUUUUAAAAUGUGAUGGAGGGACGGGAGCCCUCAACCCGACCCAGUCGUACCACACCUGCCAGUCCCAGAGUGACCCCUGCUCUAGUGAAACGGCCACGCUUCCAGACACUGGCUCGUUUUUGGGAAGGUCAGGAUGUCUUGGCACGGUGGACAGAUGGACUGCUUUAUUUGGGGAUAAUUAAAAAGGUAGACAGUGCUCAGGAGACUUGUCUUGUGCGCUUUGAAGAUAAUUCACAGUUUUCAGUACUUUGGAAGGACAUUUUUCCUCCUGCCGUGCCUGGGAAAGAACAGCUGUGCUGUGUGUGCAACUCGCAGACGUGUACCCCAGACAACAAACUGGUUCACUGUGGGAAAUGCAAACACGCAUAUCAUCAAGAAUGCCAUGUUCCUAGUGUCCCAUGCGACACAGACUGUCCUGGAAGCUCCUGGAUGUGUCGGCAAUGUGUCUUUGCUGUGGCUACUAAGAGAGGUGGUGCACUUAAGAAGGGUCCCUAUGCACGAGCUAUGCUGCAUAUGAAGCUGUCCUUACCCUAUCAGCUGAAGUCUUUAGAGUGGGACCAACUGCAUCUAACAAAUAAACAGCAAUGUUACUGCUACUGUGGGGGGCCUGGAGAACACACAUAUAUGUGUCCCCUUAGAUGGAACAUGAAGAUGUUACAGUGCUGCCGCUGUCUCCAAUGGUUUCAUGAGGCUUGUACGCAAUGCCUAAGUAAACCUUUGCUCUACGGAGACAGGUUUUAUGUUUUUGAGUGUUCCGUCUGUACAAGAGGUCCAGAAAACGCUUGGAGACUUCCCCUUGCAUGGGUUGAUGUUUCACAUCUUGUCUUGUAUCAUCUCAGUAUUUGUUGUAAGAAGAAAUAUUUUGACUUUGAGCGUGAAAUUCUUUCCUUUGUUAAUGAAAAUUGGGACAGUUUACUUUUAGGAGAGCUGACAGACACUCCUCGUUCUGAACGAUAUUCUCACCUUCUUCACGCCCUUACAGCCCAGAAGGAUAGGUUUAUUUCUGGAAAGGAAAUAAAAAAAAAGAAGUGUCUGUUUGGCCUACAGACCCGUGUCCCACCUCCUGCCCCACAAAGCACAGAAUCUCAGCUAAGGCAGCAAGAAUCUAAGGAUAGAACUUCCACUCCAUGUGUAAGUUCCCUUGUAGGGAGGAUGGGGAUCACGAGACGCCCCACACACAGGAAGAGGACCCAGAGCAUAGAGAAGCAGACAGGAAGGGAGAGGCAGAAGCUGUGCAAAGCUCUUACCCAGGAUGUUGUGCAGAAUCCAUUCAGCUCUAACCAGGAGUACCAGGGAUACCGCGGGAGCGCAUACAACUUUAGGCGAACUGGAGCACGCUGUUUGCAGAACCCUCCCAUUAGGAUGUUCGCCUCUUUCCAUCCGUCUGCAAACACCUCAGGGUCUGUGGCUGCAUCACUGCAGUCCAGUGGAAUGUCUUCUGAAGUUCAGGACCCUCCACUACUUGGUGAGAUGAUGGAAACUGCUGGUCCAGCUCCUGCCUCCCUUAGCAGCCCCCAGGUCACCCCUUCUUUGCCUUCCUCAUCUGUAUCUUCAGAGGGCUGUGCAUGGCUUGGAUCUACAGAGCCAGGCAUGCGUGUGUUGGCACGUAGGGUCACUGCUCAGGGGGCAGUGCAGUACCUCGUUGAAUGGGGAGGAGGAGAUGUCUUUUGAAAGCUUAGAUAAGCUUAUGAGAAACUUGCACAUGGAUGAUGACUCAAUUUUCUUUGUCUUGCAUUCUCUUCCUGCAAAGAUCCCAUGUCCUCCACAUAACUACUCUCCACGGUUUACUAUGAACUCUCCCUCUAAAAGCAUGUAUAUAGCAGUGCCUGUGCUUUUUGUUAUGUCAUGUGUGUUAUUUACAGUGUUAGCUCCCAAAAGACUGCAUUAUAAUAGGAGAGUCUAUUGCAAGAGCAAAAUCUCAAUAUUACGCCUGUUCUGUUUCAUAAUUUCAGGACAUUUUAGUGGGAUUGGCUUAAAGACAACAUUUAACUUUAGCCUUGCAAUUCUGUCGAUUCUGAUGACUGGAGAUAUUAUUUUUUUGGGAAGUCCUGUUAAAGGCAUAUUUAGGCGCACUGUCUGGUGAAAUUUGAUGCUUUGCCCCACUUGGCAUCUGUCUUUAAAUCAGAGUUCACUCUUUUGUACCAGUUUAUGGCUGGUCUGGAACUGAUCAUUGAACUUCCUGAAAUGUAGCCUCACAAUAUGGGUAUAAGUAGAGCACUUACAGUUUAAUUGUAGGAUAUGAUUUAAGUUUUAGAUCUUUAAGGAUUUUUUCAUUUGACAGCUUUGAAACAUUGCACCUACAAUAUCGGAAAAUCUCUCAUUCUGUUUUUAAGAGUUCACAUAAUACAUGUAUAUGUCACAACAUGCAUUUUUCACAUAAAAUUCUAUGUAAUAGAAUAUCUGCUGUGGUUCCAGUAAAUAAGUGCUAUGGAAGUUUUACCAAACUUAGUGGGCGCACAAAGGAAUAAUGGUCUGUCUACAUGUGACAGCCAUAUGAGAACUUUUUUUUUUUUUUUUUUUUUUUUUAAUCCUACGGCAAUUGCUUCCAGCAAGUGUCUGUAGGAUGGCCUGAAUAUUAAAGUAAAAUUGAAAUCUGUUUGUUACCCUAUGAUAGUUAUCCAGCAUUAUAAUCUUACUUCACCUUGUGUGCCAUUUUUUUCUGAAUGUACAGAAAAUACUUGUUAGACAUAUAAGAAUAGGGAACCAAGUAAUUAUAUAUGAUUGUGCUAAAGCAUAGGAACAGUUGUUUAAAUUAUUGAAAAAGGCACCUCCAAAUUUGAUGAUGGCUGCCUGUGAUGUCUAGUGAACUUUCAGCAAAACAUUUGUUCUCUGCAUUUUAUUACCAUGGCUGUUUUGUAUCUUUCUUUUUUAAUUCAUAAUCUCUGGCAUAAAGAGUGUUUUCUGGUUCUUC